CGUACACCUGUGAACAAGUAGUACCAUAAGACGGUUCUCAGUUAUCAGUGAUAGAUUCAGGUGUUCCCAACAUGACCAGCAACUUCUCGAUACCCCAAAUCACGAUUCUGAAACGGACGCGGGAGGAUCUGGCCUUCGCUCAGAAGAAAUUCUUGAAGAAGACCAAGAAGGGUAGAGUCGUUAAGAUCCUACGCGAACGUUACCUUCGUUCCGAUAUCCCUUGUGGUUAUGAAGCAUGCGCUGAGUGUUCAUCGUAUCCUGGCUACAAGGCGGUCUUGCCUGUCGAGGGAGCUCGAGGUCAUGGAAAGUUCACAAGUAAAGCGGGUCACUGGCUCGUGAUCGAUACCAACAUUGUGUUACAUCAGAUCGAUGUUUUGGAAUCGCUGCCAGCCGGCAUUCCUAUCAUCCUCCCAUCGACGACCUUGGCCGAGACCAGACACCGUUCUUUGCCUCUAUACAACCGUCUUCAAUCUUUGCUCGCGGACGAGGAUAGGAAGGUCUGGAUCUUCUGGAACGAAGAGCGGCGAGAAACGGCCACCAAGGUUGAGCGAUACCGGACAGGAGGCCAGGAAUCUGCGUCCAGGACCGGAGAUGAGGAGGAUGUCGAGGAUGGCAUGAAUGUCAUUGAGACCGAAGACAAGGAUGGCAAGAUUGUUCGCGAGACGGUGAACGAUCGCAACGAUCGAGCCAUUCGUUUGACGCUGGAAUUUUACCAAAACCAUCUCAAAACCAUCACUCCUUCCCGAUCGACUGCGACACAUCCCUCCUUGGUCCUCUUAACAGAUGAUCGUGGCAAUCGAGAAAAGGCUCUUGCGUCCGGGUUUCACGCCGUAUCGACUAGAGAAUACGUUGACGGAAUGACCGACGAGCUGACCAAGAUCACUCUCGGCGACCUCGUUGCCGUAAAGUACGGACCAGAAGGCGGAGAUCGACCUCCAGGCUCAAAGGGUGGAUCGGCCAAGAGGCUGUACCCGGAGUACCUUCCGCAAGCCACUUUGCUCGCGGGCGUCAAAAGUGGAGUCUUUCAUCAGGGCUACUUCAAUGCCAACCCUUACAACUACCUUGAGGGUAAUGUCAACGCCCAGGCUUUCGGCAAGCCCAUCUUGCUUGUCGGGAGGGAGAGCAUGAACCGGGCUAUCGACGGAGAUGUCGUUGUAGUGGAGAUGCUACCCGAAGCGGAGUGGAAGGCGCCGGGUCAAGAGGUACUCGAUCAAGAUGAGGCCCUGAAGAACGACGAUGCCGAUGACGAGGAGGGAGACGCUGAGGAGGGCCAGCAGUCAGAAGCACGUAUGGCAGAGAUCGAGAAGAAGACCGCUGCCUCUGCGGCUAAGCAGAACGCUGUCGAGAAGAGACCUACCGGAAAGGUCGUAGGAAUCGUCAAACGGAAUUGGCGAGCCUAUGUUUGCCACCUGGAUGCAAGCUCGUUGUCCAACAAGGAUGCUACGUCGCUAGCCCAGCAAACGGUCUUUGCCACUCCCCUGGAGCGUAAAUUGCCUCGAAUCAGGCUCAGGACCCGUCAGGCACCAUCGUUGCUCGAUCAGAAAGUGCUCAUCUCCAUCGACGCUUGGCCUCCUCACUCGCGCUACCCGGAGGGGCAUUUCGUCAGGGCUCUGGGAAAGGUAGAGAGCAAAGAGGCCGAGCAGGAAAGUCUUUUGCUCGAAUACGAAGUGCCAUACAGGCCGUUUGGACGGGCCAUUCUUAAUUGCCUGCCAGUCGAAGGAGAGAGCUGGGUUGUGCCACCAAAGGAAGACGGCAACCUUAUCUGGCGCGACAGGGAAGAUUUGCGGGAUCUGCUUAUCUGUAGUAUCGACCCUCCAGGCUGUCAAGAUAUCGAUGACGCUCUGCACGCUCGACCGCUUCCCAACGGAAACAUCGAGGCCGGUGUCCACAUCGCCGAUGUGUCUCAUUUCGUUCAUGCGGACAACCCGAUGGACGCCGAGGCUGCUUCGAGGGGAACCACUGUUUAUCUGGUAGACAAGCGUAUCGAUAUGCUGCCUAGUCUUCUUGGUACCAACCUUUGCUCGCUGAGGCCGUUCGUCGAGCGGUUGGCCUUUUCAGCCAUCUGGGAACUAACACCUGAUGGUGACAUUGUCGGUGUGCGAUUCACCAAGUCGGUCAUCGCAUCGAAGGAGGCGUUUACUUAUCAGGCAGCGCAAAACCGCAAGGAUGACAAGUCUCUGCAGGACCCUCUCACUGAGGGCAUUCGUCUGCUAAACAGACUCGCCAUCAAGCUGAAGCAGAAACGUAUCGCUGCUGGGGCUCUUUCGCUGUCCUCCCCCGAGUUGAAAAUCCACCUCAACUCGAACGAGGGAGCGCCUGAGCCUAUCGACGUCGAACAAAAGGCAAUGUUGGAGACGAAUAGCUUGGUAGAGGAAUUCAUGUUGCUGGCCAACAUUAGCGUUGCCAAGCGGAUACAAGAGGCAUAUCCCCAAACCGCGGUCCUUCGUCGACAUAUGCCGCCGCCCCAAACCAAUUUCGAGACACUGCAAGACAUCUUGGCGAAGCGCAAGGGACUGUCUCUUGAUGUGUCGUCUUCGAAAGCCCUUGCCGAUUCGUUGGAUAAAUGCGUGGAUCCCGGACAUCCCGAAUUCAACACCUUGGUCAGGAUCAUGGCUACUCGAUGUAUGCUGGCUGCCGAGUACUUCUGUGCCGGAAGUGUGUCAAAAGACACAUUUGGGCAUUACGGAUUGGCGACGCCCAUCUACACACAUUUCACAUCUCCUAUUCGUCGAUAUGCCGACGUUUUGGCCCAUCGUCAAUUGGCUGCUGCCAUCGGAUAUACGACACUGCAUCCUUCUCUGCUGUCCAAGUCUCACGUGGAGCGAGCCAUGUCGGUCGUCAACCGGAGACAUCGUCUGGCUCAAAUGGCUGGUCGAGCGAGUGUGGAAUUCUAUGUUGGCCUGGCGCUCAAGGCUCGAGGAAAGAGAGCAGGGCGAGACGACGGUGGGGUCACUCGAGAGGACGCCUUUGUUAUCAGAGUGUUCAAGAACGGUUUGGCCGUAUUCGUCCCCACGCUCGGGCUCGAGGGGCUGAUCACGUUCAGCAAGGACUCUCAUGAAUAUGAUGCCGAGCAGUACCAACUCGCGGUACCAAACAGCGAAGGGAACAAAGUCGACAUUUCGGUAUUUGAUACCGUCGUUGUUGACAUCUCGCUCGAGAAGGACAAGCAGACCCAACGAUCAAAGGUCAAGAUGGCCCUGGUCAGCCCAGCAGACUCGGAGCAGUUGUAAUCGCGUUCGUCAACAGCAGCAGAUGUACUCAUCGACACUGGCAUUCACGAUCUUCCGCCGGGGAAUCGUCCCCCGCUCCACAUUUUUUCACCCGGCGGCGUCGACCCCAUUGCCGCAAUUGCCGCGCUCACGCGAGCGGCACUUGCUCCGCGUCCCUGUU